AUGGCAGACUAUGAUUCCGACUCGUCAGUCGAUAGCUCGGGCGAUAUCCGCACUAAAGUUCUUCUCGGCUACGCCUCCGUAACUCCCACCAGCGACGAUUUCAGCCAGAUCGGUGGACAUCCUAAAUGGCUGGAUCCCGCUCAUUUACCCUCGGUGACCCUUGCAAAAUGCAAAGUGUGCAACAAAUUCAUGAGUUUGAUGCUCCAACUCAACGGCGACCUUCCGGAUAACUUCCCAGGCCAUGAGAGGAGAUUGUAUGUGUGGGUUUGCAGAGGAAAGACGUGCCGGAGGAAGGAUGGAAGUGUGCGAGCAUUCAGGGGUGUGAGGGUAGCUGCCGGAAGUUCGGCGUCAGAGAAGAAGGUCGUGGAAGAGCCGGUAGUGGAGGAGAAAAGAGAGGAGGAGGCGCCGAAGAGAGUCGGAGAGGCACUGUUUGGUGUGAAACCCAACAACGCAUCCGCUGGUGGCAACCCUUUUGGAGGAAACCCAUUUGCAAGUGGAGGAGGAAACAAGAACGCAAACCCUUUCGCAGCAACGUCCUCACUCGCAGCGAAGCCCGCACAAAAGCCUACACAAGAGGAACAGGAGCAACCAUCCCUCCCAGAAACCUUCGCCGACAAAGCACGUAUCUCUAGCCCUUCAACAACCACAACACCAGCUCCGACACCUUCCGAACCCUGGCCGUCAGAAUCUUCGUUCCCGAAACCUUACCCUUCAGCACAUAUCGAUGCUGGAGCAGAAUACAUCGACCCAACUCCCAACACCGCAGUGCCCUCAAACGUCCGUAUUGACGACUCCGCCGACGGAAUGGGAGUCAAAGACGCAUUUGAAAGCAGCAUGGACAAGACCUUUCAGAAAUUCGCAGAUCGGUUAGCACAGAACCCGGAGCAGAUUUUGCGGUAUGAAUACGCGGGACAGCCAUUGCUGUACUCCAAGACGGAUGCGAUAGGCAAGAAGUUUUCUGCGACCGAAGGCAAAAUUUCGACAACUGCGCUGCCAAGAUGUGGGAACUGUGGAGCGGGAAGGGUGUUUGAGCUGCAGCUUACACCGCAAUUGAUUAUGGAGUUGGAGAAGGAUGAUAUGAGUCUUGAUGGCAUGGAUUGGGGAAGUGUGAUUGUGGGAUGCUGUGAGAAGGACUGCUAUCCGGACGGAGGGAUUGGGUUUGUGGAGGAGUGCGCUUUCGUACAAUGGGAGGAGGCUGCGACUCACAAGAAGCCGACAUGA